AUGUCUUUCGGGCUUGUCUCUGGGGGCUACCCAUUGCACAUCGACUUGAUGGAGGAUGUUGGGGGGGCAGCCGCCGGAGAGGCUGAGCUGCGGGAUCUGCCUUUGGAGGAUAGGCUAUCCGAGACCUCUACCAUCAAAUUCAUGCGGUGCGCAUUCUUCACUGUGACGUAG